UUGUCCUUGGAGGGGAUUGAAUGAGGUGAUGGGGUGUGUCUCGGCUGUCGUGAUGUAGCCUGCCCGACAGAAGUAUAAAGCCUGUCGCCGCUCCUCUGCCUCAUACUGACAGCGGACUCCUCGUACAAUCCGACGUCUCCAGCCUUAGCCUCACUAACCAUGGCAACUGUAAAAGAUAAACUGUUCAGCACUGUUGUGAGCGAAAAGACUGCUGCUCCAAAGAACAAGAUAACAAUCGUAGGUGUUGGGCAAGUUGGCAUGGCAUGUGCCAUAAGCAUCCUACAGAAGGAGCUUGUUGAUGAACUGGCCUUGGUUGAUAUCUUGGAAGAUAAACUGAGGGGUGAGAUGCUGGAUCUGCAACACGGAAGCUUGUUCCUGAAAACACGAACAAUUGUUGCAGACAAAGACUAUGCCGUAUCAGCAAAUUCUAGGAUUGUAGUGGUCACUGGUGGUGUAAGACAACAGGAAGGCGAGAGUCGUCUCAACUUGGUACAGAGAAAUGUCAAUGUCUUCAAGUUCAUCAUUCCACAGGUUGUGAAACACAGCCCUGAUUGCACACUCAUUGUAGUCUCCAAUCCAGUUGACAUCAUGACUUAUGUCACAUGGAAACUGAGUGGUCUGCCCCAGAACCGUGUCAUAGGAAGUGGAACCAAUCUAGAUUCUGCCAGAUUUCGCUAUUUGAUUUCUGAGAAGCUUGGCAUCAGUACUAGCAGUUGCCAUGGUUAUGUCCUUGGAGAACAUGGAGACUCCAGUGUUCCUGCCUGGAGUAGUGUGAAUGUGGCUGGUGUUCCCCUACAGUCCCUUAACCCUGCUAUUGGAACUGACAAGGACCCUGAGAACUGGAAGGACGUUCACAAACAGGUGGUUGACAGUGCUUAUGAGGUGAUCAAGUGUAAGGGAUACACCAACUGGGCCAUUGGCAUGAGUGUGGCUGACCUGUCAGAAUCCAUAAUCAAGAACCUGUCUAGAGUACAUCCUGUCUCCACAAUGGUUAAGAAUUUCUAUGGCAUCAAUGAUGAAGUGUUCCUCAGCCUCCCAUGCAUCCUGAAUGGCGAAGGGCUUGUCCAGGUGGUGAAUCAGAAGCUAACCGACAGUGAAGUUGCUCAGUUGAAGAAGAGUGCAGAAACUCUGUUUAGCAUCCAGAAAGACCUCAAAGACCUCUAAACCAUCUGGAACACUGCUUGUCCAGCACAUUAUGCCUUUAUCACUGAGUUUGUAUACUGAUUUCUAGAGGAAGAAUAGUCGUCAGAAUAAAAUCUGCUACUGAAGGUG